AUGGCCGAGCCUGCUAUUCCUCGUCAACCCACCCUGAACCAGAAGCAACGGAGUCAAGAGCGUGGCCACAAAGCGGCCGAAACAAGGAAAGCAAACCUUGCUGCAAAAAGGGCUCAAGCUGCCGCUAUUCCCUCAGAUGGAAGUAGGGAGGAUUCCCAGCCUGGGUUUGCCGAGGGUUCACCGUCUCGCGAUGUCUCUCCCACCACAUCAGACAGCAAUUCCCAAACAAUGCGCCUGUCUACACUUCCCUCUGAUCCGGAAGCCUACCACAAACGGAAAGCAACUAAAGUGCUCAUGGAACCACUGGCAAAUUUCCCUGGACACACUAUCCCAAAUGCUCCUUUUCAUCCAGUAGCUGGGAUGAAGCGUAAGUUUCAGGGUGACGUGGCAGGGCCUAGCUCCGAAUUAGUUCAACCAGUGCAAUUGGUGGCGCUCACAUCAGCCCACUCCGAGGUUUUUCCCCCGCUGCCUCCUGGGCGUCCUAAUAAGGUUUCAGUCUCGACGUCGGCACGACUUCAGAAUGUGCAAACUCAGGAGUUCCCAUUCCAGCUUCCGUCUCAAUUUAGUAUGAAUGGUCAUCGUCAUCUCACUGCAAUGGCUCCUCAUUGCAACAAUAAUGUGGAUGUUACUAUUGAUCCGGCUCUUGCUAUGACGCCAUUGAGAACUCCAAGAACAGAGAGGGAACCGCUUUCUACACCCGCAUCUUUCAGAGAUGAUGAAGAGGAUGUGAAACCAAAGAUCAAGCUGCUUACAAAGAAGGAAGUCAAGCAAUCGAUUGGUGGUGUUGUGUAUGAUGAGAUCAGCACGAUUUUGCUGACAUCUCUGUUUUCCAACUGUAUGUUCCCAACCCGGGAUUACUACCUAAGAAUGGCUGCAAUGGAGACGACAAAUGUGAUUGCAAGGUACAGUGAUAGCAAGCUGUCGGAUGGAUUCACAGGUUACAGCCCCAAGGAACUUGUGCGGUUCUGGAAUGAUGUUUCCUCAUUCUGCACCCGGAUUAAAGCAAACUGUGCUAUGCAUGUUGCAGUCCUUUACCAAGUCCUAACCAAUGGAGACAAAAAAGCGGCAAAGGCUAUGGCUACCCUUGCCCUGGAAGGGGAGAACAACUUCUUCUUCCGUGAGUUUCACCCUGCAGGCAAAAAGGCUCGUCAUUGUGCAUUUGGUCACCCAGCACUGAAAGUUGUCCUUUCGGAAACAUUCAAACUCCUACCUGCUCCGAAUGUAUUCUCAACAUGGAUUGUCCCCCAACUUGUAGCUUCCUUCCCAACUAUGGUUUUAGCCUUUGCUGGCACAAUUAUCUGCCACAUACUUGACUGUUAUGUUGACACUGGAGAAUACAACUCCAAGCUCAAGUUGGACAACAAAUAUGAGCACUGGUUCAAGAUAUACACGGAUUGGAUUAAUGGCUGGGUUUCAGAAUUUGGUGAUUCUGCUUGGGAAAAAGUCGCCGAAAAAUUUGUAUCAGAUGUCCUUGAUGAGUAUCGUGAAGAUGGAUCACACAACGCACCAUUGCUGAUACUUGAUACUGAUGGUGACAUCGAUGAUUUGAUGGGUGUCGCAAGCGUAAAAACCCAUGAGGCACAGAAGUACUGGAAGCACCAGAAGUGCAGGGAUUGUGUGUAA